AAGUGAGAACCGAGUGGCGACUGGCGAGAGCGACACGAAAACGACGGGUGACGGCUGGAGCCUGGAGCUCCGGUGCCCCCGCACCCGUAGCUUCUUUAACCGGUGACCGUCAGACAGCACACGGAAACAGGCGGGCGACGCACGCCAGUGUUGCCAAUGGACUCGCGCUGCCCCCACCUACUCCUGCUCCUCCUGGCGGCGCUCCUCCCCCCGCCGUCGUCGGGGGCGGCGGCGGCGGCGGCGGGGGUCAUCCGGCUGCCGACGGGAGGGAGAGCGGGGGCCGUGGCCUGCGCGCCGCCGGACCCCGCCCUGUACGACCGUCCCGUCAUCGGCAUCGUCUCGCACCCGGGGGACGGCGCGGGCGGCAGGAUCAGCAACACCACCGCGACCUCCUACAUCGGCGCCUCCUACGUCAAGUUCGUCGAGGCCGCCGGCGCGCGCGUCAUCCCGCUCGUCUACAACGAGCCCGAGGAGCGCCUCCUCGAGAAACUGAGUUUGUUGAAUGGAGUGCUGUUCACUGGUGGAUCAGAGAAGCAAGGUGUAUAUUUUGAGACGAUAAAAAAAGUGUUUCAGUAUGUUUUGGACAAGAAUGACGCAGGUGAACCAUUUCCUUUGUUUGCCCAAUGUCUUGGCUUUGAGCUAAUAAGCAUGAUUGUCAGCAAGGACAAUAAUAUCUUGGAGACGUUUGACGCCCAGAAUCAAGCAUCCACUCUUCAGUUUCCCAGCUAUGCUUUGGAGGGCUCAGUGUUUCAAAGGUUUGACCCUGCCCUCAUAAAAAAAGUCAGCACCAGCUGUCUUGUCAUGCAAAAUCAUAGAUAUGGUAUAUCACCAAGGCGAUAUCGAGAGAAUGAUGCACUAUCAAGUUUCUUCAAAAUCUUGACUACAUCACCUGAUGAAAACGGCAAGGUCUAUGUCUCAACUGUACAAGCCUAUAAUUAUCCAAUCACUUCCACGCAAUGGCAUCCUGAGAAAGCCAUUUUUGAGUGGAGGAAACCAAUGAUUCCACACAGCGAAGAUGCAGUACAGGUUACUCAACAUUUUGCCAAUCAUUUUAUCAGCCAAGCACGCAAGUCUCCAAACAGGCCUCCUGCCGACAAAGUGCUGGAUAACUUAAUUUACAACUACAGCCCGACAUUUAGUGGAAAAAAAUCGAAAUCAUUUGAGGAGGUCUACAUCUUUGCCUGAGACUGAAGUGGACGUCUGGGUGUCUUCAGGAAUCAGCACUGCAUUGCUAUUUGUAUCGAGGUCCAUUGUAUUGUGAUUGUGUAUUACGCGUGGUACCUGGAAGUGUACAGAUUUCGUUGACUGCCUGUAUUGCAGUAACCUUUCCGGGUAGCUCUGUAAUUAAUAUGUAUGUAUAUAUAAGCAGGAAUAAUAAUGUAAUGAACUGUAAAAUACUUGUAUGGAGAUUUUCUGAAUCUAAAAGUGUCUUCGAAUCAGGUGAAGGUUGAAUGUUCUUGGAUCA